AUGGUUUCUCUUCAUGCCUCAAUAGCAGCUCUUUGGAUUUUAAUAUGCAGUUGGACUUUAGAAUUUGCUGCAGGCUGCGAGACUCCUGAGAUCAAUGGGAGAUGCUGCAACCUUUGCCCCCCAGGAACACAUCUAAAGGAGUUCUGCACAGACACAAACCAGACUGUCUGUAGUCCGUGUCCUAGUGGCUUCUUCUCUCAACAACCUAACGUCUUUGACCGAUGUAAAAAAUGUGUGCUGUGUCAAGGUGAUCACCAAGAACAAGAAGAGACAUGUUCGCCAAUUGCAAACGCAAAGUGUUCGUGCAGCCCCGGUUUCCUGUGUUCCAACGAAGUGUGUUCUAAAUGCCAGGAAAAUAAAUGUGCUGUUGGUGAGAACGCAGUAAAGAAAUGGUCUGCUAUAGACUCCAUGCUGUACGAGUGCAAGCAAGCAUGUCCUGAUCAGGAAUAUUUUGACGUGGAAUUGAAUAUCUGCAGAGCCCGGACACAGUGCAGCAAAAAGGGACUUGUGGAGCAAUUUCCAGGAAAUAAUACCCAUGACUCAGUCUGCCUUGACCACGGCACAGAUGCCCUUUGUGUGACCCUGGGCAUCGCAUGUGCUCUGCUGUCUCUCAUUCUUCUUGCGAUUCUGUCUAUUGUCUGCAAAAAGAAGUAUAAAGCAGUGGAAGCUGCAGUUGACUCGCCAGUAAAACUGCCCAGCCUGUGUGAGUAUCACCUGUCACAAGAGGAGAGUGGAAUGCAUCGCCAGACUGAUUCUGACAAGAGUCCACUCCAGAAAAUAGUCAUAGAAAUAAAUGAAUUUAGGACGUCCAGUGAUUAAAGUCCUGUUGUAUUGUUACAUGUUUAUGUGCGUAUUUUAUGUUUUUUCUACAUGACUAUCUUUCUCUGCUGUUUACCAAACCUGAGGUGAAUCAGAGCAAGAAACAGACACAAAAGACACAUAGAGAAUCAAUAAAGUU